CAACGAGCGAGCGCUGAAAACGUCCCCUACAUUAGUCUGUUGAACCAUCCUCGCUUGUGUUGCGAUGUCCGGAAUCGCACGUGUGUUGGACCAUAGCCGCGCACAAUCACAUUGCUGCUACCCGUUUAUCAUUUUAACUUUAGGUAUUUGGAAAAUCUGAUAGAUUCUCCUGGUGCUCAGAAGUUGGGAAUGGAGUUCGAGGAGUCGGGGAUCGGCGAAGAGUGCGGGGUUUUCGGAUGCGUAGCGGCCGGUGAGUGGCCAACACAGCUGGAGGUUGCCCAAAUUUUAACUCUGGGACUAGUGGCGCUUCAGCACAGGGGUCAAGAGAGUGCUGGGAUUGUUACAAGUAACGGGGCAUCUCCACCGACAUACAUAACCCUAAAGGGCAUGGGGCUGGUGAACAGCGCUUUCCAGCCUGAGGACUUGUUGAAACUGCGUCAUGGGAACCUGGGAAUCGGACACACCCGCUACUCCACCACAGGAAUGUCAGAGCUGCAGAACUGCCAGCCCUUCGUGGUGGAUACACUUCACGGGAAAAUAGCCGUGGCACACAACGGAGAGCUGGUGAACGCAGCUACUCUGCGCAAAAGGGUGAUGCGUCAUGGUGUUGGCCUCUCCACCAGCUCGGACAGCGAGCUCAUCACCCAGCUGCUUGCCCUGACUCCACCCAUGGAAGAGAGGGACUCCCCUGAUUGGGUCGCUCGGAUAAAGAACCUGAUGUGUGAGACGCCCACCUCGUACUCUCUGCUGGUCAUGCACACAGACGUGAUCUACGCCGUGAGAGACCCCUACGGGAACCGGCCCCUCAGCAUCGGCCGCCUCGUCCCGGUCUCCAAACUGCACACAGCAGGAGAUGGAGACACGGAGGGCUGGGUGGUGUCAUCAGAGUCUUGCAGCUUCCAGUCCAUCGGUGCACGGUAUUACCGGGAGGUGGAACCGGGGGAGAUAGUACAGAUCUCUAAACACGGAGUGAAGACCCUCAGCGUGGUGCCCAGACCAGAGGGAGAUCUCCCAGCUUUCUGCAUAUUUGAAUACGUUUACUUCGCCAGACCUGACUCCAUAUUCGAAGGUCAGAUGGUGUACUCUGUCAGGCAGCGAUGUGGACGGCAGCUGGCUCUCGAGGCUCCCACAGACGCAGAUGUGGUCAGCACCGUUCCAGAGUCGGCCACGCCUGCUGCCCUGGGAUACGCCCAGCAGGCGGGGCUGCCCUAUGUGGAGGUGCUGUGUAAGAACCGGUAUGUUGGAAGAACGUUUAUCCAACCCAACACCCGCCUUCGGCAGCUGGGUGUAGCAAAGAAGUUUGGCGCUCUGACCGACAACUUCGCCGGCAAACGAGUUGUUCUCAUCGACGACUCGAUUGUCAGAGGAAACACGAUAUCGCCCAUCAUCAAACUGCUGAAAGAGGCGGGAGCAACUGAGGUCCACAUCCGUGUCGCCUCUCCACCGAUCCGCUUCCCUUGCUACAUGGGCAUCAACAUCCCCACCAAAGAAGAGCUCAUCGCCAACAAGCCUGAGUUUCAGGACAUCGCCGGCUACAUCGGUGCUACCAGUGUGCAGUACCUGUCUGUGGAGGGGCUGGUGGCGGCGGUUCAGGGAGGGAUCCCCACGGAGAAGGACCAGACCGAGUCCCACCGCAAACCCAGCUGGAGAGUGGGCCACUGUACCGCCUGUCUGACAGGAAAAUACCCCGUAGAACUGGAGUGGUGAUCUCACACACACACACACACACACACACACACACACACACACACACACACACACACACACACACCACACACCCAUAUAUAUAUAUACACACACUCUCACACACACACACACACACACACCACACACACACACACAUAUAUAUAUAUAUACACACACACACACACACACUCUCUCUCUCUCUCUCUCUCUCUCACACACACACACACACACACACACAUAUACACACACUCUCUCACACACACACACACACACACGCACAUGCUCACAUUGUGUAGUAUAAAGUGUAAACACAAACAUGUUUCACCUACAACAUACACACAAAGUAUCAAACGCCCAAAUGGUACAGUAUAUGCACAAACAUGAAAAAUAGCAAACCCAAGAUGCACACCAAACUGCAUGGAAGCAUUACACAUACAAAGGGUGAAAGGCCAGUACAAGUAUAACAACUUAAGAGCACACACACGUGGCAUUCUGUACGCACACACCUGAAAUCAUGCCAAAUUCAGGUUAAUUCCACAACACUUCAUAAGGUCUUUAAAGCCAGCCUCGUGGAGAAUGUGCUAGCUCAUCCAGGCUGCAGGUGGUUUGUUUUUCCCUGUAUGCAUUGGAUAUGCAUGACUGAUGUGUGGAUUUUAUACAUUAAAGACACAGCCUUGGCUAUACAA